UGUCAACCUUUUUAUUUUGGUGACACGGCACAUGGCAUCACGAGCUCGUCCCGGUGGCACCACAGCGCGCGCACACUCACAGCUGGCAUUCUCGCGUGCCGUCUGAAACCUUCGAUCAAACAGAGGCAGCAGCGGGCACUCCGGUGUUUUAAAGCUGCAUUUAUUUCCUUUGUAAAUAACAUUUUUUUGGUGACAGUGGCUGCCAGACUGUAGCCACUCGGCGUGCUGGCUCUGAAAGUUAUUUUUUUUCUUUUUUGUUGUUAAGAAAUAACGUUUAACCGGUGUUAGAGAAGAUAUUCUGAACUGCACGGCAUUCUACUGGGGUUAAACUUGAGCCUGUGCUGAUCUGAUCUUUCAAUGGCACUAACGCUGAACCUGAUCGGGCCCUCCCCAUGGGGCUUCAGAAUAUUUGGAGGAAGGGACUUUAAGAAGGCCAUUACCGUAUCAAAGGUCAAUGGGGGCAGCAAGGCAGAGCAAGCGAACCUGAAAGCUGGUGAUAUCAUCCUGGAAAUCAAUGGUGAAAACGCAGCAGACAUGCUGAAUGCAGAGGCCCAAAACAAAAUCAAGAACUCCAAGACCCAACUUCAGCUGGUGGUGGAGAGAUCUGACCCUCCCAGCCCUGCACAGACCAACGGCAUCAGCACCCCCGAACACCUCAUUGGACACUUCCAGGAGGUAGUCAUAGUGAGUCGAGACGAGAACCAGAACUACGGAGAGUAUAAAAUCUCCAGUCCUACAUCACUGUCCCCAGGACCCUAUUCAGCAUAUUCUCCUGUCAGCCCUGAGAGAAGAGGGGAAAGACUGACACCAACCAUCAACAAGAGCGUGCAGCUGCGCUCAUGGUCACCAGAGGACAGAAAUAACCGUCAACCGUCAAGGCCCCAGUCCCAGGAGUUUUUUCCUUUAGACUUUAGACACCCCUCUGGGUCCAGCAGGACCCCAACCCCACCAGGACGCUACUCACCUCAUAGCCCCACUGACCGGGAUGUCCCCAUGUCCCCCCGGCGCAGUAGUUCCAGUUCUGACUUCGCCAUGCAGCGGUUCGACAGGGACUCGGAGGUGUACAAGAUGAUCCAGGAGAACAAGGAGUCCCGCGCUGCACCUCGUCAGUCCAACACCUUUAAAAUGCUGCAAGAAGUCCUGGAGGCUGAUGAGAAAGAGGCAGCCCUGCAGUUUCCUGGGAAGCUUUCCCCCAACGCCCCAAAACAAAGAACAUCUGCCGGAGGCGUCAGCAAACACCACAACUGUGAGAAGUGUGGUACAAGCAUUGUGACACAGGCGGUGCGCGUCACCGAGGACCACUUCCGUCAUCCGGAGUGCUACACUUGCACAGAUUGUGGGCUUAACCUGAGGAUGAGAGGUCACUUUUGGUUUGAAGAUGUAAUUUAUUGUGAGAAACAUGCCAAAGAGAGGUAUAGCAAUAAGACUGCUGUGUCCCCCCGCCAAUGAGUUGGCCCCUCCUCACCUGUCCCACUCUGCACAGAGUGCCGUUUGCCUGCCUGAAACACCACCUCAUCUGACUCACUGAUACACCUUGAAAAUAUUUUUUUGGGGGGAGGACAUUACUCAUUUCUGACCUUUAAUCAAAUAUAGCAGUUUUAUAAUGCUGUACACACUUUCUUGCCUUUUAUGUUGCUUCAUGAGACCUCGGCUGUUUUUUCCUCAUAUAUCGCGGCCUUUAUGACCUCUGCAAAUCAUUCUUUACCUACAAUAUUGCUAAGGCCAGAUUUCCAUGGCAAAAAUGCUUUAAAAGUGGUUCAUUACAACCGAUUCCUGGAGGACGAGGAUCACCAUCUGAAUAUUCUAGAGACAAAAAGGGACCAAUAACUAACCAACUUCGCAUUCAAUACACAGAUGGUGCUGUGUGUGUGUGUGUGUGUGUGUGUGUGUGUGUGUGUGUGAGUGCAAGCUUUCUCGUGCUGAGACGGGGCUUCUGCAUCGCUUCAUAUCGUGUGUAUGGUUGUGUGCAUGUGUGCAUAUGAGAAAGAUAAAGAAAAAGAUGGUGGCCAAGUUAUUGUAGAGUUGUGGAGAGUGGUAGAUUCAGACCAAAAUGCCUUUUGGACUCAUCUGUACUUUUUUUUGCAAGAUUGAAUUGAUAAGAACUGUUAAUGGGGUGAAAAUGAUGAUUUGUUUGUUUCUUUUGUUAAUUUAGAGGGACAAGAUAUCCAUUCAAUAUAUAAGUACUUUUGAUAUUUGUGUGACUAUAAUGUUAUAUUAUAGCUCAUUUAAAUGCAUAUUGCAUGCGUGGGACAUUCAAUGCUUUGGGAAGAUCUGAUGCAGCACAUGUCCUGUUCUAACAGUACUCAGAGAUGGACUUUAAUCUUCACAUUUCUUUUGUGGAAUAUAAUAAAGUUGCACAGCCUGAA